CAAGGAUGGGGUGGUGUGAUGUGGCCUGUUACUGUUACCACCCUGAAGUUGAUUAUUUUCCUAAAACAGCAUGUACUCAAGGGAUUUAUUCCUUUUGAACUACAGAGAUUUGCCAAUGCUUAUAAUUUAUUUUGCGAUUUUUAUCCACUUAUAGUUAUUUCAUGUUAAUUUAAUGUCACAAUGAUGAAUACAUUUUCAUAUCGGUCGAUCAGUCAAGGGUAGUGGUGGCUCAAUGGUUAAGGAUGGUUAAGGUUGCUGAACUGGGUUAGUGAUCAGAAGGUCAGGGUUCAAGCCCCAGCACCUCCAAGCUGCCACUGUUGUGUCCUUGCUCCAGUGGUGCUGUAUCAUGGCCUACACUCUGAUCCCAACUUCCUAACAAGCUGGGAUAUGUAAAGAAAAGAAUUUCACUGUGCUGUAAUGUAUAUGUGACAAAUAAAUGCUUCUUAUUCUUCUUCUACAGCAGUUUGGCCCACUGAGUCAGGUUGAAACCUAUUGUAACCAAAUCACAACAUGUCACACAACCACCUGGAUGGAUGUUAAAUACACCUAUGCAGGUUCUAGACCCUGGCAAGCCCAGGAUCUGCCAACAUAAAACCCACACACAAAACAAAACAAAAUAAAGUCAGCAUGUCAGUUCACAAACAGGGUUAAAUUACAAUAGAGGCACCCGAGUGGAACAACUGCUGAGCCAUGAGUUUGUAGGAUUGUGAAUAAAGCUGGACUGGUGGCCUUGCAGAAGCUUAUUUUAACUCUAACCAGGGUACUGGAUCCACACGUAGAAGAUAUGGCGAGCAGUUCAGUUUACAACUUCACCAUGGACUCACUGGAAAGGAAAUCUGUUUCUCUGGGGGUUUACAGGGGGAAAGUGCUUCUCAUCGUCAACGUGGCCACCUUCUGAGGCUCCACUGUCAAGGAGUACCACAGGCUGAAUGCACUCAUGGACAGAUUCAGUGGUGAGAACUUCACUAUUCUGGGAUUCUCAUGUAAUCAGUUUGGACUACAGGCACCAGAGGAGAAUCAUGAGACUUUGGACAUCCUGCGGUGUGUCAGACCUGGAGGCGGUUUCAUCCCAAAGUUCCCCAUGUUCGGUAAAAUCGAGGUUAAUGGGCUGAAUGAGGAGCCUCUGUACUCCUUCCUGAAGGCGUCUCUGCCUUCUGUGAACCCUGUCAUUGGAGACAUCAAGAAACUCUAUUGGUCUCCGAUUAAAGUCAACGACAUCCGCUGGAACUUUGAGAAGUUUCUUAUCACUGCAGACGGGCUGCCAUACAGACGCUAUGACCUCAAUCACCCAUUUGAAGAGGUGGAGAAAGACAUAGCUAUGCUCCUCACUCUGCAAAACCUCAUUCUGUAGCUUCUAUGUCUCAACUGACCUCGGAUCAUCGCUAUAAAUACAACUUUAGAAAUAGUGAAGGGUUUCAUUAUUACCUGUAUAAUAUACAAAAAACACACUGACCAUAGCGGAGAAGAAGUCCAUCCAGAAGCCUUUACACUAGACCCCUUUUACACUGUGGAAAUAGGAAGUCAAUUUAUUAUAUAUUUCUGAGGAUUUGAUUCACCAUCACUGUGGAAAUGUGGAUUGCAAAAUAAGACUUUCACUUACAGUACGUUGACCAAAAUAGAUUUUCCAGAUCUGGAAAAAUACGUAAAUUCUGAAAAUAGUUCGAAACAAAAUAUGGACAAUUGGCUAACAAAAAGCCUCAAGACUCUAAGGUGGAUAUUCACUUAUUUUAAUGCAAUCCUUUUCCCUUUUCACUACACCAUUUAUAAGCUUUUUAAAAAUCCAAGAAAAGUAU